AUGCUUGAUGAAAUGGAACCUGAGAGUAAGAGAAGAAGAGUAAGACAAGCAUGCAAUCCUUGUCGAAAUAAAAGAGCGAAAUGCGAUGGUGUUAAACCUGUAUGCUCCACUUGCAGAGAAACUGGAUCUACAUGUACCUAUUCUAUUACUAGUAAAAAGAGAGGGUUGAAAACUGGUUAUCUUCACGAUGUAGAGAGAAAGAAAACACUUUUGGAGGCCAUUUUAGGGUUUUUAAUUUCAGAUGUCAAUGAAUCAACAGAAAUUGAAAAGUCAAUUUUUAAAACGCUUUCAGUUUCGGAGAAAGGUGAAGAGUUACUAGGAAGGCUCUCUGAGUAUCAAUUGAGGUGGACGUCGAGCCCAUUGUACGAGCUUUUCGAUAAGCUUGUUUCAGAAAAUGAACUGUUGAUUCAUAUCCCAAAUAAAAAUCGAAUCAAAAAAGAAGAAGAUGACUCACAACGGGAUGAAAUCAGUGUACACAAUGACAUGGAAAGAGGCUGGAAACCUGAAGUUUUACAGUAUCAUGGAAUAUCUGGCCUUGUUUCUGGCUUUUCCCAGAAUGCGAUUCAAGAAUAUAAUAGAAAGUUGGCUUCGAAAGAAACGUCACCGUUUCGAGUUGGUUCAAUAUUUCAUGUCAGACCUAACCUGAAGGUAGUGAAUCAACCUCCUGCUAUCUUCUUUCCUUUAGAUUCUCGAAUUUUGAUCGAUGCAUAUUUUCAAGUUCUACAUCCUUGGCUACCUAUGAUUAAUCGGAUCCAUUUGAUUAGAUAUAUUCACCACACAGCUGAAAUGAACAACAGUAAAGGUCCGAAUAAUCCUGACUUAAAUACAAUUGCUCUAAUAUGGACUGUCCUUGCCAUAGGACAAUAUAUUAUUGACGUGAAUGACAAUUCUUCCGAAUCUAUUGCAUCAAAAUAUGCCAGUAAUGCCAUUAGCGCUCUAGAAGGCGCAGGCGACUCAACUUUAGAGACAAUUCAGGCAAUGCUACUUUUAGGGUACUAUCAUUAUUGCGCCGGUGCUUGGGGUAUAUCUUGGGUUCUAACCUCCUCUGCGGCAAGAAUGGCCACUGAUGUAAGAUUAAUGAAGCCUGACACGGAAGGAUCAACUCAAAAUAACAACGUUCCUGUUCUGGUAUUCGAUGACUCAUCUCGUGAACGUACAUGGGCUGUUGCAUUUACUUUAAAUACUCUCCUUGCUGCAAGGAUGGGAAGGUCUCCUGUGAUACGAGCGCUGGACUGGCCAGAAGUCCAAAUAUUUGAAGAUGGGUGGGAAGAAUGGGACUCGUGGGAUGAAUUUGGUCGCCAUGAAGGUGGUGAAAACCCUUUACAUAUAGAAAGUGCUCGGUGCUUAUCAACCUUUAAUCUUCUCUUGAAUAUUGUGAGCAUUCUUAAUUUGUCUAUCACGUCGAUCAUUGAUACUACAGGAAUUAAUGAUAGUCUAUCUACACCGAAUGUUAUUACAUUUGAACAUUUGCAGAAAAAAUUGAAGGACUUGAAGAAUACUUUUCCCAAUUAUUGUCAGUUAAAAACAGAUGCAUCCACUGAAGAAAUCCAAAAGUUGCCUCAUUACAUUAUAUUUGCACAUUUAGCUUAUCAUUUAACCUUGUGUAUUACAGCUGUUAGGCUCAGUGAGGUUGAAGUUUUAGAAGGUUAUAAAUAUUCGAGAAUGGAAAGAAACAAAUUUUAUACUGAGGGGGCAUAUGGCAUUAAGCAUUUUUUAUCUUCAAUGAUAAAGAGACGCUUACUAUACGUUCCAUAUUUGGACUAUUUCACGUCAAUGUGCCUGAGCUCAGGACAGAUGUUGACAAGUGGUUCGAACCCAGAUACUUUUACUCAGUAUGCGAUUAACGUUUUGAAAGAGGCUCCAAAGCUUCUUAAUUCUUGCAGAAUCGCGCAAGAGAUGAUAGAAAUUGAGGGAAGAAUGAAGACGAAUUCAGGAACCAAUUUUUAUAAUUAUCCUAACACACUGCACAAGUUUACUUCUACACUGAAAAGCAUUGACGAAAAUUUGGAAAUCUCCUCUUUUCACUCGUCAUUACAAUCUUCAUGUCUGUCGUUAUUCCCUAAUGAAAUUUCGGGCCAUUCAUCAACAAGUUUCAAUUCUGGCCAAAAUAAGUCCAAAUCUUUCGACUACGACGAAUUGGAUGUGUUCAUGUUAGACACCGAUUCUCCAGAAAACAACCCUCGAAAGGAUAAGUUUUUGAAGAAUCUAGGUUAUGUGGGGGGUACCAAGAAGAAUUGGACAUCGAAAUAUGAAGAGAAAUAA